AUGCAUGGUCUAAAUACAUCACUUUGUACCAGGUUCAGUUCCCGUAUUGUUGGUCGAUUUUUCAAAAAUAAGCCUUAUUCAUAUCCAGAAGAGAUGCUCUGCAGGCAGUUCAACUUUUUGAGUUCGGCGAUGCCUAUAAGGAGAGGCACAUCAGGUCUGCUUAGUCUGAUACGGCGAAGGCAACUAUCUACUCCCUCGGACCUCUCACAGCAAGACUACAACCGUAUCCUUUUGUCUAAGAAUCUGACUCAAAAGAACACAAGUACGCUCAACGAAUUUAUGAGAUGUCUGGUGUUCAACGAGGAUGGAAACCUCGUGGAUGUUGCUUCAGACAUCAAGAAGUCUGACCUGAUAGUCAAGCACGAUCUUUUACCGAGGGACCUACGAAAAAUAGACAAAGGUUACGACGAUAUCGUUCCAUCGAUUCUGGUGCGGCCUCAAUCAAUUCUACUGAGUCUUUUGAAUAUCCGCGCCCUAGUCAAGGCGGAUUCGGUGGUGCUGUUCAACCACAGAGCAGCAGACUCUACGGCAACACAGCUCUUCGUUUUGGAUCUUGAGUCGAAACUCAAAACUCCAACUGCGGUGGCAUGUCUUCCGUACGAGAUCCGGGCUCUGGAGGCGAUAUUCAUAUCUGUGAUGGGGAACCUUCAUUCCGAAAUGAAAGUUCAUACCACCGUCGUUAAAGGAGUUCUCCAAGAAUUGGAGGACCAUAUCGACAGGGCCAAGCUCAAGUACCUGCUGAUCGAGUCAAAAAAAUUAACCCAGUUUCACCAGAAGGCUACGUUGAUUAGAAACCUUCUGGAUGAACUCUUAGACGAUGAUGAGAUUCUUUGCGACCUCUAUCUCUCGGACCGCGCGGCCGGGAGGCCUCGUCAAGGAGCCGAUCAUCAAGAGGUGGAGUUUCUGCUUGAGUCGUAUCUCAAACAUUCGGACGAGAUCGUCCAGACAGUUGAAUCUUACAUAUCGGAUAUUAAAACGACUGAGGAAAUUAUCAACAUCAUUCUUGACUCUAACCGGAACCAAUUGAUGUUGCUUGGACUGCGGUAUUCGGCAGGACUGCUCAGUUUCGGUUUCAUGCUGUAUCUCGCUGCUGUUUAUGGAAUGAACCUCGAGAACUUUAUCGAGGAGAAGGACUUUUGGUUCUGGAUUGUUACUUUGGGAUCCACUGCAGCUGCUGUAUUUGUUUUUGUGUUUUCCAUUAAAAAGUUGAACAGAUUACAGAAGAUUACUAUGGUUGGAGAUGGUGUUAGGUCUCCAAUGACGACAAAUUUUAGGAAAUAG